AUGUUGCGUCGCCGCACGGGCAAGGACGAGGUCCCGGCCUCGGACUCGUCCCGCACUAGCAGACCCCAGUUCAACCGGCUCAAAACAGAAGAAGAAAAGCUCCGCGAGGAGUUUGGCGGUGCGAAAGUCAAGCAGCUUGUUAUCCGACCUCGCUCUAAACGUCGAAACGGGUUCAUCUUCGUGCUGGGCGGCUUGUUCGGUAUCUUUAUCGCCUUGUUCUUCGCGAAUCAGCAGGAGGUCAUUAGCUUGGAAUCGCUGUUGGACUUGAACCUCGACUCAUUGAUUGAUGCCAUCCCGCAAGGAAUCAUUAGCGACGCCAAGCAAUUCACUCAACAUGACCGCGACACUGUCACCUACGAUUCCUUCUCUGUCGGGCUACACCUACAGUCACAGGGCGUUAAGGCCAAGCAUCCCGUCGUUAUGAUUCCUGGAGUCAUCUCCACCGGUCUCGAGAGCUGGGGAACCGGUGCCAACUCGCGGCAGUACUUCCGGAAACGACUAUGGGGCAGCUGGAGCAUGAUGCGGGCCCUAGUGAUGGAUAAGGCUGAGUGGAAGAAUCAUGUUAUGCUCGACCGCGAGACAGGUCUGGAUCCGCCGGGCAUCAAGCUUCGCGCGGCGCAAGGAUUCGAUGCAACCGACUUCUUCAUCACGGGCUACUGGAUCUGGAACAAGAUUCUAGAGAACCUCGCGACGAUCGGCUAUGAUCCUACGAAUGCAUUCUCUGCUGCCUAUGAUUGGCGAUUGUCGUACCCCAACCUCGAAGUCCGCGACCACUACUUCAGUCGACUGAAGUCUUAUAUCGAGACUGCGGUCGAGGGAGAGGGUGAGAAGAUCACUUUGGCGUCCCACAGCAUGGGAUCACAGGUGGUACUCUACUUUUUCAAGUGGGUUGAGAGCGAGGAUCAUGGCAAAGGUGGCAAAGACUGGGUCAACAAGCACAUUGACUCAUGGGUCAAUAUCAGCGGAUGCAUGCUUGGCGCCGUCAAGGGACUGACCGCCGUGCUGUCUGGAGAGAUGCGCGACACAGCGCAGUUGAACGCCUUUGCCGUGUACGGGUUGGAAAAGUUCUUGUCCAAAGAGGAGCGAGCAGAGAUCUUCCGUGCGAUGCCGGGCAUAUCUAGCAUGCUCCCCAAGGGCGGCGAAGCCGUCUGGGGCAACGCAACCUGGGCACCAGACGACCGACCGGGCCAGGCUGUGAGCUUCGGCAACCUACUCAACUUCCGGGAAACUAACUCCUCCUGGACGCGGCGCAACCUCACUACGUCCGAAAGUCUGUGGUACCUUCUGGACCAGAGUGAAGACUGGUACCGCAACCAGGUACUGGGCAGCUACUCGCACGGAGUUGCACACACUAGAAAGGAAGUCGAAGCCAAUGAGAAGGACCCGCGAACCUGGCUCAAUCCCCUCGAGACGCGUCUACCUCAUGCCCCCGAUAUGAAGAUAUACUGCUUCUACGGCGUGGGCAAGCCCACCGAGCGCAGUUACUUCUACCAGGAGGAGCUCGACCCAUUGACUAACCUGAACGUUAGUAUGGACACAACAGUCACCACUGACGAGAACAUCGACCGCGGCGUGCUCAUGGGCGAAGGCGACGGCACAGUCAACCUGCUCAGCACAGGCUACAUGUGCGCCAAGGGAUGGCGCAUGAAGCGAUAUAACCCGGCAGGGACAAAAAUCAAAGUCUUCGAGAUGCCUCAUGAACCCGAUCGCUUCUCGCCUCGUGGUGGCCCCAACACUGGCGAUCACGUCGACAUCCUCGGCCGUGCCUCACUCAACGACCUGAUCCUCCGCGUAGCAGCCGGUAAAGGGGACGAGAUCGAAGAGACCUUCGUGUCGAACAUCCGCGAAUACGCGGAUCGAGUACAGAUUUUUGACGAUGAAUAG